AUGGACGUUACUUGUCCCAUAUGCCUCAAUAUUUAUUUUAAGCCCGUGAAACUCCCAUGUGGUCAUAUUCUCUGUCAAGAAUGUCUUGAAAAGUCUCUAGAUAUUUCAACCCUUGAAUGUCCAUUAUGUCGUCAUCGGCUGUCUGUAUGGAAGCGUCGAUUAAAAGACAUAUCAUCAUGUAUUGAUAAAGCUCGUGAUACGGAAAUCGAGCGGCUAUUCCCACGUUAUUAUUCCAACAGGACUGAGGGUUUGGAUGUCUCUCUCUGCGACUGUGAAGCUAAUGUUCUCCGCGAGGUUACAGAUUCAGGUCAAAUGGCCCUGAGAGUAGCUUCUCCGGGUGCCAUAAAGGCGGAAUUCGAUGAGGCUAUUUCCAGAAUUACUAGAGACAAUGCUUUAGAAGAGGGUUUUCGAGAAGAGGCCAGUCUCGCUCUUUCUAGGCAUAUGCUCCUGGAAACUAAUGUUGAAAAUGGUUCUUUGGCUCCUUGUCUUCAGGCACGUGCCUCACUUUUGCGUUUUAUCAAUUCCUUAGGUCUCAUUGAUGCCUCGAGUCUGCCUAGUGCUUCAAAGUUUCUUAAUUCCGCAAAAAUUGACGCAGAUAAAAAUUUGAUCUGUGAAGGAGCUCAACAGGACUCUACAGUCCACCAAACAUCUAAAUUGUCGAAAAAUCGGAAAGUUCGGUCUGUCCUUUCUGGUCGCCUGAACCUUCGGAGCGGACGAGUGCUGCGUGAUCGAUGCAGCCAGAUUUCCUUUUCUAAGAAGAUUUAA